AUGGAUUCCCAACGAUUUCAAGUUUUUGUACAAGGGGUGAACCAGGUAUUUGCCACAUGGACUAUUUUGAAUCUUUCUGUGGAAGGAGGAUGGUCAGGAAGAUUUGCUAACAAGAAACGUGAUGAAUUAAUUCAAGAAGUGAUAAUGGCUUUUCAAUCAGGAAGAAAGUUGAAUUCAAAUGAUUUAGCCAAUUUCUUAAUGGAAGCAAUGGAAACGAGAUUUUCUACUAUAGUAGAGGACGACAGUGAUUUGGAAGUGGCUGAACUAAUUUGUGAAAUGUAUAAUCAAUGUUCAAAGGGAGAUUACUCUUUAGUCGAAAAGAUAAUGAAUAUUCAAAAAGCACCGCUGGAGAAUUGCAAGAUGCAAUCAUACAUUGUAGAUGAUAAUGGAAUGAAUUUAAGUGAUAUAGAUACAGAUGAGAGUGGAGAGGAAAUUUGA